CUAUUUAUCUACAUGAUGCAGUUAGCAGUGUUGACCGGAGAUUUUCUGCUUUUUCGAGCUCUUAGGACCCUUGCUUCCUUGAAAAACACAGAGGUUGUGUCAUUACUAGUAACAGCAAUAGAGAAUCUUGUUACUGGUGAAACCAUGCAAAUGGCAGCCACAAUUGAGCAGCGCUGUAGCAUGGAGUAUUAUAUGCAAAAGACAUACUACAAGACUGCAUCAUUGAUUUCAAACAGCUGCAAGGCUAUUGCCCUUCUGUCUGGCCAAACACCUGGAGUUGCAAAGUUGGCUUUUGAAUACGGCAAAAAUUUGGGAUUGGCAUAUCAAUUCAUAGAUGAUAUUCUUGAUUUCACAGGCUCAUCAGCUUCCCUUGGAAAGGGUUCUCUAUCUGACAUACGACGGGGAAUCAUAACUGCUCCUAUAUUAUUUGCAAUAGAAGAGUUUCCUCAGUUGCAUGCUGUCAUUGAGCAGGGCUUCGAUGACCCUGCCAAUGUCGACACCGCUCUCGAGUACCUAUGGAAGAGCCGUGGAAUACAGAGGACAAGAGAGCUAGCAACAAAGCAUGCUAGUCUUGCAGCUGCAGCUAUUGAUUCUCUGCCUGAAAGCAGCAGCAGCAGCAUGGAUGUAAGGAAGUCAAGGCAGGCACUCGUUAAUCUCACUCAAAUACUCACCGCAAGGAAUAAAUGACAGCAGAUUACCAGCUUUCUCCAUCAUAUUAUAUUCAAGGGCUCAUUUAGUUUUUGUUUUUUUUCCUUUUUGUACAAUUAUUUCAUAUCACUAAUGCUAAAUCCCCAAAAAGGUUACUAGCAUAAGUAUUGUUUUGUUCUCAAUGAUUGGGAUUUGAGAGGGGAGAGAAUACAAAUUUCUACUCGAAUAUUUACCUUUUCAA